AUGAAAGUUAGAUUCACUGGCUCCAGUGGGGCUGCCUACUUUGUGAAGGAUCUAAUCAACUUUGAACCGUCACUAACGGUGAUUGAAUCUCAAAUGCGUACGGGUAUUUACUUGAUCAAUAAGGUCAGAUGCCAUCAAUGUAAAAUCACUAUUGGCUGGCAUUACCAGAAAUCUUAUAUGGCCGAAGAGCAAUAUAAAGAAGGCAAGUUUGUGAUUGAAAGAGCGUUUUUAGAUGUCAUUCCUAAUAAUUCCGCUACCGAGUUUCUAUUGGAACAAGGAUUAAUACAUUAUAAAAGACGGAAAUCUUCCGGUGCUAACUCCGUAUUAUCUCAAGCUUCAAGUCCUUCCAGAACCUCACCAAACCCUGAUUGGGAUUCAGAAAAGUUUGGUGGUGGGUAUAUCUAUCAUCAUCAUAAUACUCACCUGAACUCUUCCAACUCAAACUCAACCUCAAAUGCCGUGGCUGUUCCUACUCCAAAUUCCAGUUCACUAAGAUCAAGUGCCCUGUAUAGGGGGUCUCGAUCAGUGUUUGAGUUUAGAGGUUUAAACAAUGGAACAUUAUUGAGUAGAUUAAGAGGUUUUGAUAAAGAUGAAUGUGAUGAAGAUGAAGAAGUGUUUGUUGAUGCCUAA